UGGAGCGGCACUUUGCUCAUCACUGUGGCGGGGAGCGUCUCUCUGCAGGCCGGCUACAGCGCAGCCUCCGCUCCGCUCCGCUCCGGGCGCAUCACGGCAAACCCGUGGAGUCCGCGUGCUCCCUCUCUUAAAAAAGUGCGCACCCAGCCGGAUAAGCCCGUCAUCUGCAGGGAAGAAGACGCACCACGGACGCCGGCACACUUGACCGAAAGGAAACAGCGAGAAGAAGAAAAAAAUAAAAACAACAAAACCAAAAAAAAACAAAAAACAAAACAGUAUGAUGUUGAAGCAGCACCUGCUCUUCGUGCUCUGCAGCGUCUGCGGGACUGUCGUUAAAGAGGCGGCAACAAAAAGCAAAGCGAAAGGCAGUCAGGGCCAGUUUCCUGUCACCCAGAAUGUGACGGUGGUGGAGGGGAGCACAGCCAACAUGACCUGCCGUGUGGAUUACAAUGAUAACACCUCCCUCCAGUGGUCAAACCCUGCACAGCAAACCCUUUUCUUUGGGGACAAGAAAGCACUGAGGGACAACCGGAUUGAGCUGGUUCGAGCCUCGUGGAAGGAGCUGACCAUCAGCAUCAGUGAAGUGACUCUUUCAGAUGAGGGACAAUACACGUGUUCACUGUUCACUAUGCCCAUCAAGACCUCCAAGGCAUUCCUCACUGUUCUGGGCGUGCCAGAGAAACCAGAAAUCACUGGCUUCACAAGACCUGCUGUGGAAGGAGAGGAUGUCACGCUCACAUGCGUAACAUCUGGAAGCAAACCAGCUGCCGACAUCCGAUGGUUCAGAAAUGAUAAAGAGGUGCAAGGUGUGAAGGAGGUGAACGCUACAGGCAGGUCUUUCACAGUAAGGAGCACUGUACACCUCCAAGUGGACCGAAAAGAUGAUGGAGCUGCGUACACCUGCAGUGUGGAGCACAUUGCCCUGAACUCCACUCCUCACCAAGUCACAGAGGUGCUGGAGGUCUACUAUGCACCUCAGGUAGAGAUUGUUCCCUCUUUAAUCGUGCCACAGGAAGGACAGUACUUCAAACUGGAGUGUACAUCUAAAGGCAACCCCCUACCUGACAGAGUGUUAUGGACAAAGGACGGUGGAGUACUUCCUGAUGUUGAGCGAAUGAUCGUGGAAGGCAGGGAACUAAUCAUCACAAACCUCAACAAAACAGACAAUGGCACAUACCGGUGUGAGGCAAGGAACCAUCUUGGGACCAACAGUGAUGAAUAUGUACUGUUUGUGUAUGCCAAAAACUUACCAGGUACCUCAGACCCAAAUGCAUUGACUCAGCAUGGUCCUGAUCACGCCCUGAUUGGAGGAGUGGUAGCUGUGGUGGUCUUUAUCACACUGUGCUUCAUCAUCGUCCUGGGCCGCUAUCUGGCCAGGCAUAAAGGGACAUACUUAACCAAUGAGGCCAAAGGAGCGGAGGACGCCCCUGACGCAGACACGGCCAUCAUCAAUGCGGAGGGGAACUACGCACAUGCAGAGGAAAAGAAAGAGUACUUCAUUUAGCACCUCUGUUUCUUCCUUUCUGUUGCGUAACUGUCACGGCAACGCUGCUAGCCGGCCCGGGGAGGGCGCUAAGUCACUCGGUGUAGCCUGCUGGGGCUCCGGGUCUCCCUCCUCAAACUCCUAAAGGAGCUUACUUAAGCCUCUAACAUGGGCAAAUUUGACACCAGAGAGCGUUGCCGUUUUAUAACGCCAGUCUAAUCACCAAAAAAACAAAAAGUCGUUGAGUUUGUUACUGUAACACCAGGUCCAUUUAGGCUCAAACUCUCAUAUUCCUCCCUCCAACUCUCCAUCCUUUCAUAAAAAUCAGUUUGUUUGAGUUGCCAAGUGCCAAAAUAUACAGACACGUUCUGUGUUCGUUGUUGUGCUUUUUUAACUUAUUUUUCCCAUUGAAUACUGCUUUCUUUACCCCCCUCACUGUGCCUGUUAUAUACCUUUUGCAGAUAUUACCAGGGAGCGGCAAGAAAUGUGGUUCAUCUCAAGUCGGAAAACCUUGGCUUUGCCAAUAAUUACGCUUUAAGGCAAGAAUAUGUGCGCUGCAUAAUGUGAAUAUUUAUUGUCUGUUCUUUUUUUUUUAUUUUUUACAUUGUGAAAGUGAGUGUCCUCUGAAGUGUUUGCCAUUACAAGAAUGUUAUAUAAAGAUAAAAGACUGAACAUGGACAUUUAUGUAAUAUAUGGAUACCAAAAUAUUGACAAAAUAAAUUAAAAAUGAAGUGAUAACAAUUGAAAGCACAAUUCAUAAUUGUUCCUGGCCUAAUGAAGCUAGCAUAUAGCUUAUUGUGUUAUUAUAUAUGUCUGUAUAUCCUUGCUCUUUUCAUCUUUGGCCCUUAAUUUAUUUUUAAAAGUGGAAAAAAAAAUAUUUAACACAUAUAAGCACAAAGUCAUUGUUAAAUACCAUUGGUGUAGACAGUCUCAGGAUCAGACAACAAGCAUAGCUGCUUUUUUCUUGUUGCUGUUGUUUGUUUUUUUUGUUUGUUUGUUUGUUUGUUUGUUUGUUUUUUAUGUGUGUUUGCUUGACCAAUCAUUUCAUUCCCAAUAUGAGAACUAAUGAUAAAUUUAUGAUGUAGUUUCAGUUUAUUUCCCCUUGUUAAUAUUGCUGUACAUUACUUUGCUGAUGUGAUUAUUGGUGGAAAAUAUUGUUAAAAUAUGGGAUUCCAUAUAUGAAAAUUUGUAUAUUAGAUAAUGCAAAGCCUACUUUCUGGACAUAGUUUAAGCCUUUUGGUUAAAUUACACUGUCAUUAGGGAUUCUCCUCCACUGAAUAUCUGACUUAUUCUGUGUUCAGAAAAUCGGCUCAGAGUAAUUUAAAGUGUUCCAUACUUUUAUAAAUUGCAUUCACAUAAGUAACAUUUUUUCCCUAGCAUAAGGCAUGUAUAUAAUGUGAAUAAUUCAGUAUUUAGUAGUUUAUUUAACUGAAUUUUAAAUCUUUAUUCCUCUUAUUGUCCUGUUUUUAGGUUACAAACAUUUCACAAUAUUUCAUAUUUGUAUUUUAUCUCUCCUCAGUAUUAUUUAAUACUUUCUUGAAAACUGAUGGACAAAUACAAUCUAUUAUUAUUAUUAUUAUUAUUAUUAUUAUUAUGCUUUUAUAAGCUUGUGAGUAAACAGGAUGAGUUCUUCAGAAGGUCAGAACAUUCACCGUUAUUGCCUUUGUGUUUGCAACAAAACAUAUGACACACUGAAGCACUCAGUAUCAGGCAGUUUUUAAAACAUGUUUCAGAUGUUCAUACUUUAUUUCACUGUUUAUCAGAUAGAGUUUAGACAUUUUGUAACAAAAUGUACUUUAAUUUGGUCUAGUGUUCUUUUUUUUCAUUUUCUGACUAUUAAAAAAAUGUAAGAUUUGCUUUUACACAAUUACAUAUCCAAUUUCCAAUCUAUGCCGCUGUAAAAAACAAAAGAUACUCAGAGUAAAAUGUACUUAUAUCUGCUCUUUGUCAUGCAAACAUGAAUAUGUGUAGAUAUCCUGCCAAUUCAGUCAGGUCCAGAUAAGAAAAAAACAACAAGAACGUAAUUCAGUUGGGUUACUUUUGUUAUUAUUAUUAUUAUUAUUAUUAUUAUUAUUAUUAUUAUUAUUGACUAGUUUGGCUUUUUGCUGCCAUCUAGUGAUGAAACAUUCCAUGGCACUGCAAAUCAACACCAACCCGAGAUGUCAAAGCUAUCAAUAUUUCAAAUGAACAUAAAUAACCAAUUGUAAUAUUUUUCAUCAUACACAUUUAUCAGUAAUAUUCAUUUACCUCUGUAGCUCUACAUGACAACACUCUGUGCUUAGGCAAUCUACACAUUUUAUAACAGUUUUAAGGAGAAUGUCAGGGAAGUGGUAAGCUAUUCUUCACCGGCUGAGAACAGGUAUUCAGUGUGUAUAAAAAAUAAAGGGCAACACUAUUCUGCUUUCUUCUGUAUAGUUUCCAGUCUCACUACUGCAUAACAUUUUACCACAGGACUCAUAUAAUGUGUACAUACCAGAUGCCAGACUUACAAAACACAGUUACUCUGAAUAGUUUUUUCUACACACAAACCUUAGCAAGUAAGGAAUAUAACACAGACCUUUUCCUCUGUCCAUGUUUGCUUUUUAAACAUUUAUGAAAUAAAAUAAAUUUGCUUUC